AUGCUCCUCUGGGGGGUGGCGGUGGCCGUGGUGGCCGCGGGGGUGGCCUACGGGCUGUGGGGGCUGUGGGUGCUGCUGCGCCGGGGACCCCGACGGACCUUCUGGUGGCGGGUGAGGGACCAGCCCCCCCCCGGCCUGGCCGAUGGCACUUUUGGGGAGCACCGGUACCUGCACCUCAAGGGGCUGCGUCUCCACUACGUCACGCGGGGACCCCCCACCGCCCCGUUGCUGCUGCUGCUCCACGGCUUCCCCCAGAACUGGUUCUGCUGGAGGCACCUCCUGCAGGACUUGGGGACCCGGUACCGCGUGGUGGCCCUGGACCUCCGGGGCUACGGAGCUUCGGAGAAGCCACCAGGCAGGGACAGCUACCGGCUGGAGGUCCUCCUGGAGGACAUCCGCCAGGUCAUCGAGAUCCUGGGGCCACCCCCGUGUAUCUUGGUGGGCCACGACUGGGGUGGCCUCCUGGCCUGGGAGGUGGCCUCCAGCCACCCUGAGAUGGUGGAGAAGUUGGUCAUCAUGGACCGCGCCGCACCGCGCCGUCAUGGUUUCAUGGCGUGUCACCUCUCCCAGCUCCUGCGCUCCAGCUACAUCUUCCUCUUCCAGCUGCCCUGGCUGCCCGAGCUUCUGCUCUCCUUGGCAGACUUUGAGACCCCCUGUCCUCCGGGUGGCCCCACAGCUGGUGCGGACGGCGCUGACGGGCUCGUGGUGGGGAUCCAGAACGCGGCGCAGCGGCUGACAGAGCAAGAGGUGGACGCGUACCUGUACGGGCUGUCCCAACCGGGGGGGCUCACACCCCCCCUCAACUACUACCGCAACCUCUUCCGGGACACCCCGAUCCCCCGCGAGCCCCCCCCACUCCCCACCCUCCUGCUGUGGGGCGCUGAGGAUGCCUUCCUGGACGCGCGGCUGGUGCCCUGCCUGCGCCGCUGCCUGCGCCCCACCGCGCGCCUCUGCCUGCUGCACCGGUGCCGGCCACUGGCUGCCCGAGGACCAGCCGCGCCCCGUCGCCCGCCUGCUGGACCACUUCCUGGGCACGGGGGACCACCACCACUAGCGGCACCCAGGGGUGCUCCCCCUCCUGCGGAAGGGAGGGGAGCGGUGGGGUGGGGGCGGGAGGGGCCUAAUGGCCGGGUGGGGACCGCAACGUUGGGGUGAGGAACCGCCUCCUGGGUGGGGACAGUGGUGGAUCCUCAACAUCUGGGUGAGGCACCAACAUCUGGGUGGGGACCCCAACAUCGGGGUGAGGAACCAGAUCCUGGGUGGUCAGAUGGUGGUGGUUCAUAAACAUCUGAGUGAGGAACCAACAUCUGGGUGGGGACCCCAACAUCAGGGUGGGAACAGUGGUGGUUGGGUGGUUCCUCAACACUUGAGUGAGGAAGCAACAUCUGGGUGAAAAACCAACAUCUGGAUAGGGAAGCCAGCAUCUGGGUGGAGAUGGUGGUGGUUGGGUGGUUCUUCAACAUCUGGGUGAGAAACCAACAUCUGGGUAAGGAACCAACAUCUAGGUGAGGAAGGUGGUGGUCUCUCAACAUCUGGGUGAGGAACCAACAUCUGGCUAAGGAACCAGCACCUGGCUGGUUGGAUGGUGAUGGGUCCUCAACAUCUGGGUGAGGAACCAACAUCUGGAUGGGGCCGAUGAUGUUCCUCAACAUCUGGAUGAGGAAUCAACAUCUGGAUACGUAACCCAGAAUCUGGAUGUGGAACCCAGCAUCUGGGUGGGGACGGUGGUGGUUGGGUGGGUCCUCAACAUCUGGAUGAGGAACCAAUAUCUGGAUGGGGAAACAGCAUCUCGGUGAAGAAACAACAGCUGGAUGGGACGAUGGUGGUUCCUCAGCUUCUGGAUAAGGAACAAACAACUGGAUGUGGAACCCAGCAUCUGGGUGGGGACGGUGGUGGUGGAGUGGUUCCUUAACAUCUGGGUGAGGAACCAACAUUUGGGUGAGGAACCCAACAUCAGGAUGAGGAACCAGCACCUGGGCGGUUGGAUGGUGGGUGGUGGGUCCUCAACCUCUGAAUGGGGAAUCCAGCAUCUGGGUGAGGACAGUGGUGGUUCCUCAGCAUAUGUGUGAGAAUCCCAACAUCUGGGUGGGGAACCAACAUCUGGGUGAGGAUGGUGGUGUUGGACAAGGACCCCAUGUUGGGGUGGAUAUGCAACAUCUGGAUGAAGACCCCAAUAUCUGGGUGGUGACCCCGAGGUGGAGGUAGAGAUCCAACAUCUGAAUGAGGACAACCACAUCUGGGCGAGGAUCUCCACAUCUGGCUGGGGACCCUGGUGUCCAAGCGGAGACCCCAACAUCUGGGGAAGGACCCCAAUGCCUGGGCGAGGAUCCAACGUCUGGAAGAUACUGAAGAUCUGGGCGGGGACCCCAACAUCUGGGUGCUGGUGCCACCUCUGGGGGGGAACCCCAACAUCUGGGUGAGGACCCUGGUGCCCAGACAGGGACCCCAACAUCUGGAAGGGUCCCCACGCCUGUUCCCAAGUGCCUUGAAUAAAGUAGGGUGGUAGCA